AUGACGUGUCAGACUGUGGACGAAAACACCAGCUGUGUCGUCCCGGGACUUAUGUGUGGCGGCCAUUAUUACGCAUGGGCCAUAGCCUUGGGAGAGGAGUACAACAGUUCUGAAAGCAACAGUGUCUGGUUCUAUUCAGCUCCAUGUUUGCCCACCAACGUAGAGGUUGAAGUUGACUGUUACUCCGAUGGAGAUGCAGUGGCAUCUUGGGACCCUCCUUACAACGCACCAAACAUUUCCCUGACAGCUAGCGGAAGUCUUCAAGUCUACUGCCAAGCUGAGAACAACCUUUGCAACCUGACAGGUUUGGGUUGCGGUGAAACCUACAACCUGAGCCUCACUGCUAGCAACAGCCAGUGCAGUGUCACCAAACAUAUGAGCUCGAACUUCACCACACGCCCAUGCAAACCUCAACGUGUGGUUGUUGACCUGCCGUGCGGCUCGGAAAUUGCUGUCCUUUCCUGGGAGGAAAGGCCUGAAGUUGAACUUUACAUGGGAAGCGCUGUUUCAAGCUCAGGAGGGAUGGAACACUGGUGUAACUCCACAGGUUCUUCCUGUGACUUCCCAGGCCUUUCAUGCGGGGAAACGUACACCUUUACAGUCAAGGCACUGAGUCGCGGCUGCUGUAGUCAACAUAGUGACCCUGUGUACAUUCCAACAGAGCCUUGCCAACCUGUGAUUGUAUUGGCUGAGGCAGACUGUCAGACUGAGGAACUGCAGCUCUCCUGGCUUCCUGCAAGCGGUGUAGUGCUUUACCUGAUCACGGCCACAGGCAAUCUGGGCUAUGUGGAGAACUACAAUGCGACGGAGACGAACCUAACCGCCUCUCUGCCAUGUGGCCAGAACUACAGCAUCAUCGUACAAGGAAGAGGCAGCAGUUGCGACAGUGACCCGAGCAGCCCUGCCUUUGUCAAAACACCUCCAUGCAUUCCCCAUCACGUGACAACCAAUGAGCAGUGUGAGGCGAACACGGCAUCUGUAAUUUGGGGUGCCAGCGACGGUGCCAAAAAGUACGUCGCAGAAGCCGUCGGUCAUGACGGACACAGCCACUUGUGUUAUAGCGAUUACACAAACUGUACCUGGGACGACCUACACUGUGGGGACGAGUAUACUGUUCUGGUUAGGUCCAUGGAUGACUACUGCACCAGCCUGCCGAGCACCAGCGCUGUCAUUUAUAUGGCUCCCUGUUCACCCCAGAAUGUCCUUGCCUCUGCGGAUUGUGAAACAAACCUUGUCUCAUUGAGCUGGGACGCUAGUAAUGGAUCAUCGACGUACCACGUGUCACUCGAGACAGAAUGGCAAAUUGUGUGGCACGACACCAAUGACACAAAAACAUACUGGUCGGACCUUGGCUGUGGGGCAAAUUACAGUUUUACGGUCACACCUCGCAACCUUUAUUGUACGGGCAUGAGUAGUAUACCAGCUAUCAUCCAGACAUGGCCGUGCCCACCUGAAGGUGUCUACGCUAUGCAUGAUUGUCUUUCUGGUACCGCCAAAAUCAUGUGGCAACCCAACAGCGCGAUGGACCACUACACAGCCAUUGUGGACUCUCAUUUUGGCAUCUCCCAAACCUGCAUGUCGUACUCUGACGAAUGCGACGUGUUUGGACUGACCUGCGGUCAGAACCUCACUGUGUCCGUCACAGCAUCCAACCGGCAAUGUAAUGUCACUUCUGUCGCGCAACACGGCUUACAGUCAGGACCGUGUAGUCCCACUUAUGUCUCUGUGGUGAAGGAUUGUGCCAACAACACGGCCGCCGUGUCCUGGUCUGCAAGCGACGGUGCCUCACUCUACUUAGUGACGGCCUCCAGUUACCAUGUCAACAUCAGCCACCAAACCUCAGACCUCAACUAUACUUUGUCUGAUCUCAUGUGCAGUAGCCAUUAUGCCAUUCAAGUGGUGGCAAUGGAUGACAACUGCUCAAGUCUUCCCAGUCAAGUUGUAGAAUUUGACUCAGCCCCGUGUCCACCCCAAAAUGUGAACACCCAGCUUAACUGCAUGUCCAACAACUUGACGGUUUCUUGGGACUCCUUUGGGUACGCUGACUACUAUCUAGUAUGGGUAAUUGACGACAACGGAGGAGGUGGUGAAGCCUUUAACACCACCAGAAAUGAGUGUUCCACCAGUUACCUGAACUGUGGGAGUAGCUACACUGUCCAAGUCACAGCAGUCAAAGGAGAUUGCCAGACCCGAUCAAGUUUCAACCACAACAUUUUGACAGCACCCUGCCAGCCUCAAGGCAUCCAAGGCAGCCUUGACUGCGUGACUAAUUCGGCCUGGAUCUCAUGGAGUCAUACACUGGGCGCCGACGGCUACACCGUGUCAGCCCUCGGGGAAGACGACAGCACGGCCAACUGUACCACCUGGACCAACACCACCUGCGAAGUGGAGGACCUGGCGUGUGGCCUUCUUUACAGCUUCAGCGUGAUUGCCAAGAACAGCGAGUGUGAAAGUUAUCCAAGCACCGACAUCGAGUUGCAAACAGUUUAA